CUGCCCUUCAUUUCUCUGUUUAUUUUAUUUUUUUCCCCGGGCUGCUAUCCGGAGAGGUUAGGUCCAUGCCAGCCCCCAAGAGCAGCCGCAACGGCCAGUCCGAGAGUCACCGGCGGAGAAGAACAUCCUCCUUCCAUGGCCAGGCCGCCGUGUCCGUCGUUCAGCUUCCCCGUCGGAGUACGGUUUCCGACCUCCAGUCCCUCACGAGAAUCGCCGGAUCGGCGCCGGAUUGUCCUCCGAGACAGCCACCGAAGAUGCUGCUAAAGGUAACCGUGCCGAGAAGCCUCUCGCCCGUGCAGGUGCUGAUGACGCCGGAAUCCACCGUUAGCGACCUCAUAGAGGCGGCGCUGCGACAGUACAUAAAGGAAAGUCGCCGCCCUAUCUUGCCGGCCAACACAGCCUUCGAUUUCGACCUCCAUUAUUCACAGUUUAGUCUAGAAAGUUUGGAUAGGGAGGAAAAUCUGAUGGAACUUGGAUCUAGGAAUUUCUUUAUGUGUCCGCGAAAGCCUCGGACGACCUUGGAAGGUGUAACGACGCCGUUUGCGUCCUGUGCCAAAGAAGCGGAGAAGUUGAGGGAAAGUAGUGGUGGUUGUGGCUUUACUUGGUUCAAGCUCAUGCAAUUCAUGAUGUGAUUGGUGUUUGGAUCAUUUUUUUUUUCCAGAACUAUUAUGACGUUAAUUGUAAAAAAGAAUAAUAGGUUUUGGAGUGCAAAAUAAAUAAAAAAAACAAAUUUGUAAAAUUGCAUGAUUUUUAAUUGUGUAAACUCUGCAUAAA